UGUCAGGAAAAAGGAGAAUCGGCUAAAGGGGCGAAGGCGAUCUGACCGCCUGAGUUCACCUGUCUGUUGGAUUAAUUCACUUGUUUUAAUCAUUCGUGUGGAGUUAUAUUAAACGAUAUCAUUAACAUUGAGACUUGUAUUAACAUCAGGUCGAGAUGUUAACCAAAUUCGAGACGAAGUCGGCCCGUGUCAAAGGCCUGAGUUUCCAUCCUAAGAGGCCAUGGGUUCUUGCAAGUUUGCACAACGGAGUCAUCCAGCUGUGGGACUAUCGGAUGUGCACACUGAUUGACAAGUUUGACGAGCAUGAUGGUCCCGUCAGAGGAAUUGACUUCCACAAACAGCAGCCUCUGUUUGUGUCUGGAGGAGAUGACUACAAAAUUAAGGUGUGGAACUACAAGCUGAGACGCUGCCUCUUCACUCUCCUUGGGCACCUGGACUACAUCAGAACCACUUUCUUCCACCAUGACUACCCCUGGAUUCUGAGCGCCUCGGAUGACCAGACCAUUCGCAUCUGGAACUGGCAGUCCAGGACCUGCGUCUGUGUGCUGACCGGCCAUAACCACUAUGUGAUGUGCGCCCAGUUCCACCCCUCUGAGGACCUGGUGGUGUCUGCCAGUCUGGAUCAGACCGUGCGAGUGUGGGAUAUUUCCGGUCUGAGGAAAAAGAACCUGUCUCCCGGCGCUGUGGAGACGGACGUGCGCGGCAUCUCUGGUGUCGACUUGUUCGGUGCCUCGGAUGCUGUUGUCAAGCAUGUUCUAGAGGGUCACGACCGCGGGGUCAACUGGGCUGCCUUCCACCCCACCAUGCCCCUCAUCGUGUCUGGAGCUGACGACAGGCAGGUCAAGAUCUGGAGGAUGAAUGAAUCCAAGGCCUGGGAGCUGGAUACGUGCCGCGGUCACUACAACAACGUGUCCUGCGCCGUCUUCCACCCGCGCCAGGAGCUCAUCCUGUCCAACUCCGAGGACAAGAGCAUCCGGGUGUGGGACAUGUCCAAGAGGACCGGGGUGCAGACCUUCCGCCGGGACCACGAUCGCUUCUGGGUGCUGGGGGCUCACCCCAACCUCAACCUGUUCGCUGCUGGUCACGACAGCGGUAUGAUCGUGUUCAAGCUGGAGCGCGAGCGUCCGGCGUACGCUGUGCACGGCAACAUGCUGUACUACGUGAAGGACCGCUUCCUCCGCCAGCUGGACUUCAACAGCAGCAAGGACACUGCUGUCAUGCAGCUCCGCAGUGGCUCUAAGUUCCCGGUGUUCAGCAUGUCCUACAACCCCGCUGAGAACGCUGUCCUGCUCUGCACUAGGGCGACCAACCUGGAGAACAGCACCUACGACCUCUACUCCAUUCCCAAAGAGAGCGACUCUCAGAACCCCGAUGCACCGGAGGGGAAGAGGUCCUCUGGCCUGACUGCAGUCUGGGUGGCCAGGAACAGAUUUGCCGUCCUGGACCGUAUGCACUCGCUGCUGAUUAAGAACCUGAAGAAUGAGAUCGUAAAGAAAGUUCAGGUGCCGAGCUGCGAGGAGAUCUUCUACGCCGGCACCGGCUCUCUGCUGCUGCGCGAUGCCGACGGCGUCACGCUGUUCGACGUGCAGCAGAAACGCUCUCUGGCCACCGUUAAGAUCGCCAAGGUCAAGUACGUGGUGUGGAGCGCUGACACCAGCCACGUGGCUCUGCUGGCGAAACACGCCAUCAUGAUCUGCAACCGUAAGCUGGAGAGUCUGUGCAACAUUCACGAGAACAUCCGAGUGAAGAGUGGAGCCUGGGACGAGAGCGGAGUCUUCAUCUACACCACCUCCAACCACAUCAAAUACGCACUCACCUCUGGGUAUAGAUUUCCACUUCAGCUCCCAGGGCUGACUCAGAGAACACACUGUGACUACUGGAAGGCGGGUCAGAUGGCGGCUGAUGCGGACAUGGAGGCCCCCGGAGGCGAAGGCUGGGGAGACGAUGCUGAGCUUCAGCUGGAUGAAGAUGGCUUCAUGGAUGCCCAGGAUGGCUUAGGAGAGGAAGGCGUGAAAGAGGAGGGAGGAGGCUGGGAGGUGGAGGAAGACCUGGACCUUCCUCCAGAGCUGGACCUGCCGGCUGCAGGUGGAGGAGCGGAAGACGGUUUCUUCGUCCCACCGACCAAGGGCAUGAGUCCCACACAGAUCUGGUGCAACAACUCCCAGCUGCCAGUGGACCACAUCCUGGCCGGCUCGUUCGAAACUGCUAUGAGAUUGCUCCACGACCAGGUAGGAGUUGUGAGCUUCGAGGCCUACAAGCCGCUGUUCAUGCAGACGCUGUCCCGAGGCCGCACCUGUCACCUGGGGCUGCCCUCACUGCCCUGCCUGCGUGGAAACCCCCAGAGGAACUGGAAGGACUGUGGGGCAAAGCAAGGCCUCCCUGCUGUGGGCCUGCGCCUCUCCGACCUCAUCGCCCGCCUGCAGCAGUGCUACCAGCUGACCACCUCCGGGCGCUUUGAGGAGGCUGUGGAGCGCUUCAGAGCCAUCCUGCUGUCCGUUCCUCUGCUGGUGGUUGAUAACAAGCAGGAGAUCGCAGAGGCUCAGCAACUGAUCACAAUCUGCAGAGAGUACAUCGUGGGUCUGACCAUGGAGACCGAGAGGAAGAAGUUGCCCAAAGACACCUUGGAUCAGCAGAAGAGGCUGUGUGAGAUGGCUGCUUAUUUCACGCAGAAUCUCCAGCCUGUGCACAUGGUGCUGGUGGGUGCGCACAGCUCUGAUCUCUUCAAGCUGCGUAACUUCCCAAGACGGCUGCCCAGCUUCGCUCGACGCCUGCUCGAGUGGGACCGAAGUCCAGAUGUUGCACAGCAGACCGCAAAGAUUUUGGCAGCCUGUGAGAAGACCCUCACAGAUGCGCACCAGUAAUACGACCCCCACAAUCAUUUCGACCUGUGCGCUGCGUCGUUGUCCCCGUGUAACGGACGUCCUGUUGAGAAUGUGCCCUUCUGUCCUGGAGCCUGCUACGCCCACCCGUACAUAAAGGCCAGAUCUUGCAGGGUCACUCAGGUGACUGAGAUCGGUAAGGAUGUGAUCGGUCUGCGUGUGAGUCCUCUUCAGUUUCGUUGAGAGGAGAUGAAGACCAGACGAGGAAAAUAAAAAGAUGAAUGCAUCCACACUUACACAAAUAAUACAUUGACAUUAAAUAUUAAAGCAGAUAUAAAUGUUUGCGCACAGUGAUGUUAAACCUCUUAAAUGCUUUUAACUAUCUUAUUCCCUGCAUCAUCUAUCCUGCUAAAAGCUUGUUGUAAGCAAUUCUGUGUUGUGUCUUCAUUAGAGCUGUUGUCUCUUUUCUGACUGCUACUGUAUGUGAUAUAGAAUAAUUCAAAGAGCACUGCUCCGUGUAUCUAGGGGGGUGAAAACUAAAUAAAAAUGUCUACAAAAGGAAA